AUGCUGAUCCUGACGUGCCCGGGCCAGCUGCAGCUCCUGGAGGAGGCCCUUCGGAGGAGCCUGCCUGCCACCCUGCCGGUCCUGGGGACCGUGAUGACGGUGGCCCGGGGGAACCCGGCCGCCCACGAGGUGCUGGUGGACUCCUGGCCCCAUUUCGGCGUCGUCUUGACCCGCUUGCGCCCAGAGGAGCAGAGGGACCCCGGGGACUUCUACGCCAACCAGCUGACGGUAUAUUACCGGGAUGAGGGGGCCUGGCGGGCGCUGCUGGGGGGCACUGAGGCGGUGGGCUGGAGCCGAGCCUUCCAGAUGCACGGGAUGCAGGAGGGGAUGUACGAGGCCGUGCGCGAGGCGGCCGAUGCCAAGGGGCUGCGGCUGGAGACGUACCGGUACCAGGCGCUGCUGAGCCCCCAGCCCCCCCAGCCCCGUGUGCAGGUCCCAGCGGGCCUGCGCCUGGCACCCGUGUCCCCGUCCCACGUCCCGCUGCUCAACGCCACGUGGAGUUUCGGGGGCAAUGCCCGCAGCCGGCGGUUCCUGCUGGGGCUGGUGCGGGCGCUGCCCAGCGCCUGCCUGCUGGGACCCCGCGGGCGCCCCGUCUCCUGGAGCCUGUUGGACCCCCUGGGCUGCCUGAGCCACGGCUACACGCUGCCCGCCUGGCGCGGGCAGGGCCUGAGCGGGGUGAUCCUGGGUGCCCUGGGUCGGGGGCUGCACGCCCGCGGCUUCCCCAUCUACUGCGGGGUGUUGCCCCACAACACCCCCUCGCAGCGGGCCGUCCGCUCCGUGGGUUUUCUACCCCAGCCCGGCACCUUCUACACCCUGGUGGUCACCCCCCAGUAG